AACACAAGCGGCAAACCUAACAAACGGAGCAAAACUCCGGAAGUAAUAAUUUCUUUCUUAAUCCAUCGGGCUUCCGUCCUAUAUAUAACUCAGUUACUCGUGCGUGCAUCUUCUAUCAACUACUUGGUCGCUUCUCGCCGAAGAAUCGCUGUUUUGCUACUGGGAGUCUGGGACGAAGAAAUCACUCGUUGCGCUAUAGUGCUUUGGAACUGGUUCACGGAGCGCUUAGCCCUAACCCUAAGCUCCCAGUUUGCGGCCGCAUUCCCCCGUCUCUCUCUCUCGCAUCCGUCCUCCGGUUUAGCCUCCCUCGCGCAACUGAUGGCGACCAAACCACUCACUCAUGAAGAGAUCGCCAAUACAGAGAAGAAACUGGACAUGCCCUUAGAUGACAUCAUUAAAUUGUCGAAGACUUCUACAACAAAGCCAAACAAGCAACGCAGGGCUCCGAACAAAAACCAGAGGUUGUUUAACAAUUCUGUUCAAGAAAAAGCCUUGAAGGUGCAGAGGUAUAUGGCUUCUAGGCCGUUUGUUCGACAGGGGGCUUUAGCACAGAAGAGGUCAAAUUUUCAGGGGAAUCAUUUUCCUAUAGCAAAAGAGUUUGCACAAAAGGCUGCAGUUGCUCCCCUUCGCAAUCGGCCUUUCGAGCGUAAUGUGAUGUCUAAUCCAAACAAAGCAAGGUAAUUCAAUUUUCUGUGGCCUGUGGUAUUCAAGUUAAAUGUUGCUUACCGACGCAUUGUAUUGUGGUACUUCCGUUCAUGAUUGGUCAUGUUCAAGUGGCAGUAUUGGGGGUUGUGCUACUACGGGUGAAUUUCCAUCAUUAUUGGCCAUAAUGGAUUGCCUAACUGGUUGGUGUUAAGCAUUGGUUCUGGAUUGUGUUACGCGUGACUUGGGUAGUUUGUGGAGCUGGUGGAUUUAUUUCGGUAGUGGGGUCUUAGUUGAGGGGCACAAGUUGUGUAGGCAAAUUACUUUUUCUUAGAAUAUCUAUCGCUCUUUGUUGGUUACGGAAGCAUUGCAUGUGCUGAUGUUGAAGUGAGUUUACAAGGAAGUGAUCCACCUCAACUGAACAGUGAACAGAUUAAUGAUCUGAGUUUCUGAUUGGUUUCAUCUCCAAUUACCGUCUAAUCACAGAGCCGAAGGGUUAGAUGUUGUUUCUCAUCUGGACACGUUGUGAACCCUUGUUCACUACUUUUUGGUCAGCCUGGUCUUCUAAAAUUAUGUCGGCCUCUAUGUUUAUUGGUGCUUUGCUUUUCACCCUGUGGUGAGGUCUGCUGUAUUUCUUUGGUCAUCUUCUGAGAUUGGUCAUAAUGAUCCUUCCAUGCUGCAUUUGUUCUUCCCACCUGCUCUCCUUAACACCUAGAGUUAAGGGUGACCUGGUACCAAAGGGGGGGAAAACAUGGUUCACCAUGCCUAAGUUUGUUUUUGUAUAUAACACCAGCAAAUGAAGUCCAACUCCUUCCAUUGACUUCAGCACUUAUGCACGUUGGUCAGCAUGAUUUUCCAGAGAUGACUUUCCUUCUCAUGUGAGCCAGCCCUGAUCGCUUAAUUCCCGAUUGGCAUUCUUUCAUGUAGUAACAUACAGUGGUUGGUUGGAGGGCAGUUGUUUAAGGUUCAUUGCACAACAGAUUAUUGGUUGUGGGGAGUUCUGGAAUUGGUUUCCACUCUGUUGUUGUGAAGUUUGAGCAUAAUAUUUGCCGGGAGGUUUCCGUGUAGGGUGUAUUUGUCUGAAAUGCGCUUCUGAUUAUUCUGGGGGCGCUUGCUUCUCAAUCACUGAGAUUUGUUCAUCAACUCCAGCGAGGCACAGUACUUCAAUAUGUUUUUGGGAUCGCUACUCUAUGGAAGUUCUUUUGAGCGUGUUGUUUCAACAAGCCAUGAUUGUAAAUAUUUCUAUGAAAUGGAAAUGUUAGGGUAUAUAUUGAUUAAUUUGGAUGUAAUGUUAGUCACCUGAGUAGGACUUGGAUCUUAUUGUUGCAAGAGCUUCUACAGUGCUGGCUAGUUCUGUGACAGUUGAUAUCUGUGUUGCUCUUGGAGAAGAAGCUUGGUGCUCCUCUAGGUAUUGGUCUCUCUGGUAUCCAUCUUCAAACUGGCGUCAAUUCUUUCUUUGUGAUGUUGUGCAUGCAGGGAGGGAUAUUUCAUGGCAAGGAGGGGUGAAAAUGGUGCUUUCGCUGCGAAGCCACCUCAAAGGCAACAGCAGCAGGGCGAUGGGGGCAUGAAGCAGAGGCCACAGACUCUGGAUGCAAUGUUUGCUAAUAUGAAGGAGCAAAGGAUGAAGGCCUUGUUGCAGCAGAACAAUGCUGCCCGGCGUAACAAUGGUGCACGGCAUAACAACAACAAUUGGGGACAGCGUAAUCGUAACACCAGCAGAACAGGGGUUCCAUGGGCAAGGAGUCAGUUUGCUUGAGUCAGUCAAGUCCAGUUGAAGAACCUCUUACAACAUUGAGAGCUCCCAAUUCCAGUUUUUUUGUACAUGAUUUUCUGACUUCCUCCUCUCUCCCCUUUAGACUUCGAAUGCUGUGGGAAAUAGAUUAGCCGUUUGGUUUGUACUUGUAUACUCUUAUGCCUUGGUUCCCUCGAUUUGUUCGAGCUGGGGAUUUGUCAAUUUAGUUCAUGUUUUUCAGAGGUUGAGGGGCCUUCUCUGAAUCGUUGCUACAGGUUCAGCUGCUAUGUAUCUUCAUUCCCUCCUUUCUUCUCUGCGUGUAAGCAUUUCUGUAGCCAUAUAUGUACACGUCUUCCUUUGCAAUUCAGCUGCGCGAUUUUUGCAUACGCUGGCAUGUCUCUUGUUUCCCGUGU